GGAGGCCCUGUUCCUUAUAUUGUUCAUUACUUUACUUCUUCCUACUUGCUUUGGUUUUAAUUGCUCUUUUUCUAGUUUCGUAAGAUAGAAGCUUAAGGCCUCCUGUUGGCACAGGGGUUAAAGUCUCAGCACUAUCAAGCUGUCUCCAGCUACUGCAGCAUGAGUUUGAUCCAGGGAGCUGACCACAUGGCACAGCAGACCUCUUCUGUACCCGUCCCUGCUCCCCUCAGCAGUGUAUUUCUGUAGACUGCCUGUUCUGUUCCCCACUCUGUCUCUGGUGAAUCUUCUCACUCCCUACACCUCCAGCUUAGACCCCAGUUAUGUAUGCAUAAAUAAAUAAAUAAAUCUAAAAAUAAAUAGAAGGUUAAGUUAUUGAAUUGGGAUCUUUUUACUUUAUUAAUGUGGCAUUUACAUCUGUCAGUCUCCUAGGCGCUGCUGUUGCAUCACAUGAGUUUUGGUGUGUUGGCUUUCAUUUUCAUUCAUCUCAAACUGUUUUCUGAUCUCUAAUACAAUCUGUGGAUUAUUUAGGAGUAUGCUGUUUAAGUUGCACUUUCGUCUUGUCUUCUGAGAGUCCCAUUAUACCUAACGUGUAUAUGUGAUGGUGCCCCACGUGUCUCUGGAGUUCUGUUUCUCUUCAUUCAUUCUUUUUGUUCUUUCAAGACAGAGUCUUGGGCUAUCACUCUCUCCCUUCUUUCUACUCCCUUAAAUCAAGGGCAUUAUACGUACUGUCUCCCUCACCCCUUCUGGAACAUGCUGAGUGGGAAACAUGGGUAAUGUUACAGUUUCCUUCCCGUGUCCAGGACCCUGACGCUGUAUUAGUUUCAUUUCUGAGUUUAGCAGUCAGAGUUCACUUCCCCGUCGUGGCUGCAGGAAGAGGCAACUGCAGAGGGACUGACCCUGAGUAUGAGACUGUGCUGAGUGGGCCCGGUGGUGAGAGAAGACAAGCCAAGAUUCCAUGCCACAUCUCAGAAGAUCCGGGGUGUGAGAUUUCCAGACCUGGAAGCCCAGCUUACUUCUAUGUCCUUCACUGUGGAAAAUUCUGUCUACUUCAUCUCUGCCUCUAACCUGAUAUUGGAGCUUUUCAAGAAGAGCCAUGACCUCAGCCACAGCUACCAAGAAGAUGAGGGAGGAAGCCACGUGCUCCAUCUGCUUGGAGCUGAUGGUGAAGCCCGUGAGCAUCGACUGUGGCCACAGCUUCUGCUGCAGGUGCAUAGAAAGCAUCCUUGAGAACCCGAGAGUGACAUCAUCCCUGAGGAGGUCCCAGUGUCCCCUGUGCCAGGCACCAUUUGAAAGGAAGAGUCUCCGAUCCAUCAAGCAACUGGAAAACCUCAUUCAGACCAUCAGGGAGAUAGACAGUGAGAGGCUGUGUGAGGAACACGGGGAGCGGCUCCACCUGUUCUGUGAGGAUGAUAUGAGGCUGAUCUGCUGGCGCUGUGAGCGCUCCCCCCAACACAGAGGACACAGCACAGCUCUAGUGGAGGACGCAGGCCCAGACUACAAGGGAAAGCUCCAGAAAGCUGUGAAAAUCCUGCGAAUUUUAGAAGCCAAAUGUCAAGAUAGCAAGUUGACCAUAACAGCACAAAUAAGCAAGUGGGAGGAGACGAUGGAGCUUCAGAGACAAAAAAUCCAGUCUGAUUUCAAGAAUCUCUACAACUUUCUCCGUGAAGAGGAGAAGGCAUUUCUGUGGAGACUGGAGAAGGAAAAAGAACAGACUCUGAAGAGUCUGCAGGAUGAUGAAGGCAGUCUGGAAAAACAGAGCCUUGAAAUCAAGAAUUGCAUCUUGGAAAUAGAGAAUAAAUGUCAGCUAUCAGCCCAGGAUUUGCUGCAGGAUGUGAAAGACACCUUGAAUAGUUGUUCAGGUGUGAUGCUGAAAUUACCAGGGGCCGUCGCUGUGGAGCCUUACACUGUGUGCAAUGUUUCUGAGCUUUACUUAAAUGUGAAGAAAAUGUUAAAGAGCUACCAAGUCAGCGUGACUCUGGAUCCAGACACAGCUCACAAAGACCUUGUUGUGUCUGAGAAUCGGAGACAAGUGACUCGUGGAGCCCCCCAGAUGAAGCCUAACACUUCUGAGAGAUUUAGUGCCUUCCACUGUGUCCUCGGCUAUGAGGGCUUCACCUCAGGGAGACAUUACUUUGAAGUGGAUGUGGGAGAAGGAUCUGGGUGCGAUUUAGGAGUUUGCCUGCAAAAUGUGCCAAGGGGUCUUCUCAUGACGCUGAAGCCUGACUCUGGAUGCUGGGUCAUCAGAAUGUGCAAAACAAAUGGCUACAUGGCCCUUACCUCUCCACCAACAUCGCUUCCUCUGAGCGAGAAGCCUCGGGUUGUGGGGGUUUUUCUGGACUGUGAGGCCGGACUUGUCUCUUUUUACAACAUGGCGACUGGCUCCCACAUCUUCACCUUCCCGAAGGCCUCGUUCUCUGAAACUCUCCGGCCUUUUUUCUGGGUUCAUCAGCCAUCUCCUUUAUUCCUGCCUCCACCAGAUGAGUAAAGAAAGGAAUGAAUAAAGUCUCCUUUGUUUAGCCAUCAUCGUAGAGAAUAUAAUAAAAAUCCUGUGAGGUCAGAAACUUCAUCCUUCUUUUCACUGUUAUUUCCUGUACCUAGAACAGCACCGACCUCUCAGUGAGUACUCAUAAAUCUGCAUUGAAUGAAUGGGUACAAGAACUACAAGUGAUUAGAUGAUCAGCCUUCCUUGGGGAAAAACAAGAUAAGAGCACUAACCAUCCAUCCUCCUCUCCAGUCCUCUAUGGUGGGCCAGACCUCUGAUGCCCAAAGGGCCUGUCUGAGCAGCAGAGGUCUGGAGGGCCGAGUGCUCCCAUUUGUUUGAGACCAUCUGAAGUCACGUGUGGGGAGGAGAAGCUGCAGUUGUCUCUAUCAGCUGCAUAAAACAGCAAGAACAUCAAAGUAGCAGUGACUCUCAAAAUCUCUAAUGGGUUAAGCACUGAUAGAUAAUCUUAGCUAUAGUCCUGGAUGAGUUAAAUGCUGAUACCUGCCAACCUAGUGAUUCCACAUGAGUGAUAACCAAAUAAAGUGUUAUUGAAGAUUUACAAUGCUUUAGAGUGAGAGGCUUCAAGUGGGGAGGAGAUGAAUUAUAACAAUGAAUUUUCACGGGGGUUGCAGUACUGGAAAAGAAGUUGAUUUAUUCCAGAUUGUGAUAGUGCUGGUUAUCUUGAUAUAAUUCAAAAUCUCAAAUGAUGUAUUCAUCCUUGUCACACCUAAAUUAUCCGACCUGAGUUGCCUGAGACAGCACCAUGCUGUCGUCAGCCUGAUCUCAGGCAGCAUUAAUGAUGACCACAAGUCACCAAAGUAAAUGUUUGUUGACACUGGAAUCUUCUGGUACCCUCUCACCAGGAAGGGGAAAUGAAGUAAGAGUUGCUUUUGGAUGUCAGAAGCAUGGCCGGAUCUCUGACCUCGGCCCAGAGGAAGGCACAGAAGAGCUCCAGGUAUCUCCGAUACUCCCGGCAUGGAAGGUUACCAGUCAUACUGAUAGAGGCUGAGGUAUAACUAUUAAUAGGAAGUAAAGCAUUGAAGAAUAGGCUUAUGAAUUCUACUGAGUAGAAGGCAAUUGAGAAAAAACAGAUUUAGAAAAGCUCUCCUCCUGCUGCCAAAUUUGGACAUAUUUGUAUACUGUCCCUCAUCCCCUCCCAACCAGAAAACACAAGUUAUCACCAGAGAAUGUAGACUCUUGUCAGCCCAGAGACUGCACAACAGGGUUCUACAAAACAAACCUGGCUAAAACUAACCAUUGCUUACCAUUAUUUUCCCCAUGUAUUCUCAUAAUUUCUCACUUACAAAGUCAUUUUCCUUCUGUGUUGUCAGCUAUAAAAAACCAAGAACAAGAGAAACUAUUGGUCCUUCAUUAAGAUUCUAUUAGCCCAAACUGUAACUGCCUCUUCGAGCUAUUCAUGUGAAGUCUCCAUGUGAAUGUCAAAGGCAUGUGUGUUCAGGAAAAUCUCCACUUCUCCUUUAUUCUCUCACUACCACCACACGCAAUUCAGAAGAACUCAGAAAUACUGUUUCACCGCUGGUCACAAUGUGAACCUUUUAAAAGAACCCUUGGAAACAUGAAGUGUGAGAGAAAUUGCAGCCACCGUUGGACACACUGGCCACUGCCCUGCAGGAGCUGCAGACGAGGGCGUGAGGGUCAGGGCUCUGGACAGAGAGGCACAGGAAGGCUGAUGUAAAAGCAAAAGAACCACCAAUAAGUUUUUCUGUGAUAAAAUUUAUCAUAGAAAAAAAGAAACAAGUGAGAAAAAGGAAGUUAGAAGAAUAAAAUGCUUUCAGUGAGUUUAUAGCUAUUGACAAAUUAUUCUAAUGACUGGGGAUAACUCAGUAAUAUCAAUUUUUAUUAUAUUAGAAUAUGGAAUGACAUUUCAAGACAAACAACCCAGGUCAAUAAUUCUUUUUGAUUUUAUUUUUUAUAUAUUUUUAC